AUGAAGGAAGGCCAGAAGAACUACAGAACCACGCCCACCAGAGCUAAAGGAGACCGAAGGGACUUGCGGGAGGUGAAGGUCGCUGGCUUGCCCGUGGGCCGUGAAUACCCUAAAGGUUGUCCAGCUCGGAAGCGGAUAGCCUUGACGGACUUCAGAAAGGGAACGUGGCCAAACCCAGAAAGGCCGUAUGGGUCAGGGAGCAAGAAGCGAGAUGCGUGCGCACGGGUGAGAAAGAAGAAGCCGUAUUUCAGCCUAGUGGAAAGAAGACACUCAGUGCUAGCAGGAGUACUCUCUCGGAUACGGUCCUUUUUUCUAGGUUUGCUGCCCUGCGACACGUGGCAGAAGAGGACUCAAGGACACAUGCCAGACCUUGCGUAACUGGAUCAAGUCUAUACCGGCACCCGACAUCAGGAUUUCUAUUUUCUGGAGCAACCUUUGAGAAGAGGGAGACAAGUGGUUUCAAAGCUAGCCACGUGGCUAAACCAUCAGCGUCAACUAAGAAUCCUAGUAAAAGAAGACGUAUAAUUCCAAAUCGUAUCGCCCCCUAAGACGAACCAAGAAGUGGAUUUCAAUGACGCGGAUCUUUUGGAUUGCAACAUAAGCAGCACAGGGGAUCUCAAUUCCUUCUCUCAGGUGAAAGUAGGUACUACAAAGUCUAAUUCAACAUCAAAGAAGGCCGAGGACGCAUUUGUUUCUAUGAAUUGUCACAACUCCGCUCAACAGGUUAAGCCUGCCUGUCUGGUAGUAUCUCUUCGGGAUGCCCAGGCGCGGCAGAAAUGUCCGGAGCUAUGUGGGAUAAGGUCGCUUGACUCUGUCUUCCUUGCGGAAAAGCAGGAAGGCAAACCUGAUCACGGUCGACUAAUGGUAAGUCAUUCUAGCUCUGGGUGGGAAAGAUGCGGGUUCAAAUCCCUCUCGGGAUUCAAGAUCGGAGUGAGCCUUCAAAGAGCAGUUUCUUCCCUGGUGUGCGCGAGCCUCUUUACCCAAGGUAGAGAAGAAAUAGAGAUAGGGCCUGUGAGCAAAAAAAAAAGGAAUUUCAUCUGCUCCUACUUCUUUACUGGCAUUACGUCAUGAUAGGUCUUGAAGAAAUCGAGAAGAAAAGAUGGAUUUCACCUAGCUCGGUAGGCAGGCAGUGCUAUCUUUCUUGCGUCCUUUCAAGCAGCAAUAGCUGUGCUUGUACAGGACUCGAGCAAUCUUUUUUCUAAUCGCAGCGAAAUAAAUUUUAAGUGGAACAAAAAAAGAUAUCGUUAUUCCAUUCUUUCUAUGCUGCGCCACAGCUCCAUUAGUUUUGCCGCCUCCAGAGAGAUGAGAUUCCAGCCCCGAGGUUGCCGAAAAGAAGACUAAAGAGAAUCCAUCCUUGAUUGCCAAUGGUCCUAACUAACGACCCUAACUAAAGAAAAAGAGCCUUGAAUGCUAGGCAGUUGCCAGUCAGAACAAAAAGAAAGAAAAAUAGGGACAUCAUCGACGCGCGAACGGUUAAGGCAAAGGCAAGAAUAGCAUAUCCGAACAGCUUCCCCAAGUCGUAGGAAGACUAAGGAACUAAACAAAGAGCUAAAUACGUAAGCAAUCCCAAUUCCUGCUUUCCCCGAAAAGGCUAUAGUCGCAGACCCACAAUCAGCCAAGUUCAUUCAGUAGACAUCAAUACCUUAUCUUCUCGCGCGGGGAAAGAUAUUCCCAGCCCAGAGUGGAUAAACUCAUCAAAUCCAUCUUGACUGUUGAAUCUAGCUUACUCCUUUCCUCGAGUGAGGUUUUUUUUUUAGUCGCUCCUUAGCUCCUUUCGUUGAGACCUCGUUGCGCUACAGAUUCAAAGAGUGGAAAUUCCCUGACUGAAAAAGAGGAGAUAGAAAGUUCUCAAUACUUUCUCCGAUACCAUCCCCGAAUCGAGUUACCGAGUGAGCAAGAAAAACCUGCUCUUGGAGAAAAGGGCUCCUAUCUAACAGGUCUGCUAAGGGGAGCUCAUUCCUCUUCGUUAAAGGCGGACUCCUCGACAACUGAGGAAGAAAAGAAAUUUCGACCUACGCUUACUCCUAAAUCCGAAGACUCCUACAAAAAAACUCCAUUCCAUGGCAGUUUUGGGCAGUGAGCCACUCCUUGAUCAAAGACUCAGGGAUAAGAAAAGAAUACAGGGGAUGUGAAAUUUCAUUUUAAAGAAAGGAAGAGAGGAACUGAGAGAAGAGAAAGUCACUCUUCUUAUCGUUCGUGAACCAUAGGACAAAUGGUUCACUUCACUCUCUGUAAGUAAGAGGUAUAAGACUUAUUGCUUAGUGUGAGUUCAAUAGAUUCAUUUUCUUUCCCCCUGCGGGGCAGUUAGACCUCUGUCAUACCUGAUCGACUAUUAUCCCAUACCUGCUUAUCCUCGCCUUUCUAAACCACUUAUGUUUGUUGAAAAAAAGGCAGCAGGAAAUGUCGUAUGUGACCAGUGAAACUUCAUCUUUCAACUGAGAGGCAAGCCGAGGUGUAGUUGUGUUCCAUGGGAGCCUGUUCUAGUACAGUCCUCGUAAUAGUUUCAAUGAAAUGACUAUUCCGUCUAACUAAUAGUCAUUUUCUAGACCAGUUUCCUUCUAGGUCGUUACACUGAAGGUAAGCCCUGUAAGUUGGAGUGAUAGGUUACCUAUAGGUGGGGUUAUACAGCAGGAUUCUUAGCAGGAAGUCAAAUCCCGUGAUCAAGCCUUUGAGUUAUCCUGUUUUGGUUUUGGAAAGCAAGUCACAAUCAGAUCAGUUAAGAUAGUUUUCAAGCAUUCUAUGAGUUAAGGAGGUGACUAAGCAAGCCUGCAGUCCUAAGGAAGUCAUAAGUAAACUCUCCUGGCCAGUUAGUUGAAAAGCCAGGAGUGAAGCUGUCUAGUUCUUA